AUGUAUACUUCUUUCUCGAAUAGACAUCAAGUUCAGUUUCUAAAGUGUACGGUAAGAUUUUUGUCUUUAUUAUUAGAACUUUCAUUUUUGUCAUUUGCAGUUGCUACCGGAUGGAAAUGGACGACGAAAGUGUGCCACAGACGUUUCAUCCAUCGAGAAUUCUACAUCGUCCACUGCACGAAAGCAAUGUCACAACUAUAGAUUUGACACUUCACAGAUAGAUCAUACCUGAAUUACUUUUUGCGCGUACAAUUCAUCGGCUGGCCAGCCACGGAAUUGUGCUUGUGACUGUCCUUGGGACUUUCUUCUUAGAAAGGUCUUUAUUUGGGAACACGAUUACGGCUCUCCACCGUUGGAAUUACGGGCAAUCAGUUGGCGUGACUUCGAGGAAUUGUUUUUUGGGCCGGGCAAGCAAAGGCGCAGAACUAAAAUUCGGUGCUUUAUACAUACACAAGUGAUGAAUGUAUACGAUACACGAUAGAUUUUGAACUCUGUGACGCAGUGUGAAUCAUCUAUCGUUGCAAAAAUAUUGAUUUGACGCUUCGCAUUUAUACAAAGAAUUCUUAGGAUCAUUCGUGAAUGCAUGUAACCAAUAGUAAUCAAUGGAAAUAACGAUUAACCUUGUGAUUUACGACAUUCAAGGCCUACUGCGAUUAUAUUAACACAAUAUACCUCGCUAAGUCGAACGAAUGGAUCGAGGUGAUAACCUCGAGACGUGUUUACGCCUGUCCUUGAGAUAUUCUCCUCUCGUUUUUUUUUUCUCUUUUCUCUCCAAGACAGGGAAAAAAGCAACGAACACAUUCGCGGAUAGUGAUUGCGUGUGUAUAGUUGAAAUUACAGAAGGCGGGCCGAUCGAGACGAUCGAUUUAAGAAAUUGUCUCUCAGGAUGGAAAAUUAAUAAAUGAUUCGCCGAUCAUACGUAAGGAGUUAUGGCUAUACUGGUAAUCAUAUCCUCCGGCAUUUCGCGUCGUUUACCUUCUUCGCUGAAUUCGCUGAUUCUCUACGAAGUUUGGAAACAUUUCUCCAAACAGUUCCAAACACUGGAGAGAAAGUCGAAUUAUACUUUAAAUGAUUUGAGAUAAUCGACAUUUAAAUGAUGUUACUUGUUAUGGAAUUCAAGUUGGAACAAGC